GUUUGGCGGAGUUUCACCUCUGACCGGUGACGCAUUUGACUCUACGGCAAGCACAACGGACAAAUCAGCCGCAAGACUUCCUCGCAUCCCUCACAAGGCUGUUUCUAAGCGAUGAUUGCUGUGUAAAGGCAAACCCCAACCGAGGAGUACAGCUGGAAAGCAGGAAUGGCACUGGAGCAGUUCAGUGAUGUGGUGCAGAAAUGUCAAGCCAUUCAUGAUGACAGCUACACCACUGAGGAUUACGACGUCUUCACAAUUGCAGGACGGGCCUGCAUCGAGGAGGGAGACAGCACGCAGGUCCUCAGUAUUGUCGUGGAUGAGAAAAAUAAGGACAUAGUGAGAUGUAUGGGCUGGAACCUGCUGCCUCCGCUGGUCCAGGUCCUGCUGAGGAAGGACGACAGGAGUCUUCCUCACUGCUUGGCCAUUUUCAGUCACCUCCUCGAGGUGUGCAGUCCCAAAGAGCUGCUGGUUGGCUUGUUGGAGCAGGUGGAGGAAGCCCAGCCUGAUGUCCGGGCAGAGACCCUCCUCCUUCUGCUUAACCCCCUUCAGAAAGUGUUGCUGCGUCUGGGCCGCCGGAAGCCCUCAUCUUUGGGUAUGGUUCUGUCCACUCUGCUGGAGCAGGUGGCCAAGCUGCCCGUCCCUCACACCAAGGAGCAGGAGGAGGACGACGUCUUCUCCCUGUGUCGCUGCUGCACCCACCUGAUGGCCUUCAUCCGGCCCUUCGUCCAGGAGGCCAGGUACAACGUCCUGCACAGCAAGAGCCUGAGCGAGGGCCCGGACAAGGGCGCAGACGAGACCCUGGACGAACGGGACAGGGUGUUGUCGGAUAAGGAGGAUGAGCUGAGGACAGAGCUUCUGAAGUUCUGUAUGAAGACUCUUUGCCAGCCCCUCCUGGAGGUGCACCUGAAGGAUCCUGACACGCUGCCGGUGUCUCCCCUCAGGGACUUUGCAACAGAGAUUUUGAGCAGUCUCAGUGCUAUCGGGGAGUCCCUGCCCAGCCUUGUGUUCCUCCCUCUGCUGAGGAGGAGAGAGGUGCCAGGCUUUCUGGAAGAGGAGGUGCGAUAUCCUAAAGAGUCCUUAUCCAGCCUGGCUCACCUUCUGUUUGUCCAUCACCUGGCUGUGGACGCCUUCCCUGCUGUUUACAGUCCUGUGUUUACUCUACGGUCUAAUAUGGAGCACAUCAACCAGCUCUUGUCCAGAACUGAGGAGUCAAGGAUCCAGAAAGGACUGGAGCUGUACGAGAAGAGCCUGGUGAGGCUGGAGGACGGCAGCCUCCAUGUGAGCCUGCUGGAGAUCAAAACCUUCAUCAGUGUUCCCCGGAACUUGGUGAAGGUCAUGACUUUGUGUCCAGUGCAGCAUUUGAGAACUAAAGGUCUCAAAGUGUUACAGCUCAGCAUUGAUAAGUUUGACACAGAGGCCAAGUACAAUUUUUUACAGUCUAUGCUGAAGAUCAGUAAUCACUCAGGAGUUGAGGGUUACAUCAUCAAAAACAUCAAGAAUCAGAUCGACUUCUCCCUGAAGCCAGGUCACGGUAACCCGUGGUUCGAGGGGGUUCACUUGCUCCCUCUGCUGCGACAGGUUCUCGUUCUGCCAGACGGCCCCGAGACCGACCUCCUGCAGUAUCUGGACAGAGUCAUGGAGUCGCUGAACCUCCUGCGCUACCUGGUCAUCAGAGACAAAGUGACAGAGAACCAGACCGGGAUCUGGACAGAGCUGUACAAGAUAGAGGAUAAGUUCCUGAAGCCCCUGCGUGUCGGGGUGAACAUGUCCAGAGCUCACUAUGAGAUGGAGCUCAAGAACACCAUGGAGAACAAGAAGAGCAAGGUCAAAGAGGACUCGGUGCUGUCUGUGUCUGUCGCUGACGACAAGCUGCCAAACAUGACAUCAGAGUCACAGAUACAGGCUCUACAUUCAGCCCUGCACACCUUUGACAUGAUCGAGAGUGUGUUGGUGCGAAUAGAAGAAAUCAUCAGUGUGGACAAUAUAUGAACAAAUCCCAAGAUACAAGACAUCAACAUCAGUCUCAGGGCCUGGCAGCCAACACAGGCGAAAAAAUGCCUUCAACUGUUUUAGCAUUUACGGCACAUUUGAGUUAACUUGGCCGAAACAUGAACAGCCUCAGAUGUGAAGUCAGCAAAACAAACUUGGGGGUUUUUGCUAUUUCCAAAGUGAUUAACAAUGCUCAAAGCAUAGAUUCAAAUAGUAAUCAGGCACUUUGUAUUGGUUCUGAAAUAUAUUUUCAAAUUUUUUCUGCCUCGAGGCUGACAAGUAACAUUCAUGGACAGUUAAUUUCAAGUGACUUUUAGCUCCCCUUUAUGCCAAGCGUAGACAGAACCGUCCUCCAGCUUGGUCCCUUGCAAGAAACAAGUGUAACUUAUGUUGUCAGAGGUUACUAUGACUGUGAAAUUGUUAAGCAUGUGCUCAGGGCAUGCACGUCCUAAGUCCUAAUUCCAUUCAAGACUUUGUAUAAAUGGUAAAAUGACAUUCAUCAGCUUUUUCUACAAACCCAUAAAGGGCUUUUUGUCAUGAUU